UGUGGCGCCACGGUGAGUUUUCUCGGGAGGAUACAGGAUAACCUGCUCCAGGCCCAGGAGGGAAGAAGAGACGAGCAGCGUGUCUCCAACUCCGUCUGACCUCUCAGUUAUCCUCGGAUGAAUGGUGCAGUGGUCAUGGAGGCCACCAGGAGACGAACUCAGCCCAGUGCCAAUGGGAAAACAUCUGAACAGAGGGAGCAGCCUGCACAGUGGGGGAGAGCAUGGGAGGUGGACUGGUUUUCCCUGAUUGGUGUGAUUGGCCUCCUUUGCUUUGCCCCGUUCAUCGUCUUCUACUUUGUGAUGGCAUGUGAUCAGUACCAGUGCUCCAUCAGCCAACCUCUGUUGGACUUGUACCGUGGAGAGACCACACUGCUUUCCAUCUGGGCCUUGGCACCCUCCUUAACCUGGACAGCUGCCAAGAUAUAUGCCAUCUGGGUGGCCUUCCAGGUGUUCCUGUACAUGUGUAUUCCCGAUGUUACCCAUAAGUUUAUCCCUGGCUAUGUUGGUGGAGUGCAAGACGGAGCACGAACUCCUGCUGGCCUGGUUAACAAGUAUGAGAUCAAUGGACUGCAGUGCUGGCUGAUUACUCAUGUCCUGUGGUUUGCCAAUGCCCACUAUUUCCAUUGGUUUUCCCCCACCAUCAUCUUCGACAACUGGAUCCCUCUGAUGUGGUGUGCCAACAUACUGGGCUACGCCGUUUCUACCUUUGCUUUCACAAAGGCCUACCUUUUCCCCACCAACGCUGAGGACUGCAAGUUCACAGGGAACAUAUUCUACAACUACAUGAUGGGCAUCGAGUUCAACCCGCGCAUUGGGAAGUGGUUUGACUUCAAGCUCUUCUUCAACGGCCGGCCCGGCAUUGUAGCCUGGACCCUUAUUAACCUGUCCUACAUGGCCAAGCAGCAAGAACUGUACGGCCAGGUCACCAACUCCAUGAUUCUGGUCAAUGUGCUGCAGGCCAUCUAUGUGCUGGAUUUCUUCUGGAAUGAGGCAUGGUACCUGAAAACCAUUGAUAUCUGCCAUGACCACUUUGGAUGGUAUCUGGGCUGGGGAGACUGUGUCUGGCUGCCAUACCUCUACACACUGCAGGGUCUGUACCUGGUGUACCACCCAGUUCAGCUUUCUGAUGCCCAUGCCCUGGCCGUCCUGUUGCUCGGUCUUGUCGGGUAUUACAUCUUCCGCUCCACCAACCACCAGAAGGACCUUUUCCGCCGCACAGAGGGCUCCUGCUCCAUCUGGGGCCGCAAGCCAGCAUACAUCGAGUGCUCGUACCGCUCCGCUGAUGGUGGUAUCCACCGCAGCAAGCUCCUGACCUCAGGCUUCUGGGGCAUGGCCCGACACUUUAACUACACCGGUGACCUGAUGGGUUCUCUGGCCUACUGUGCCGCCUGUGGCUUCAGCCACAUUCUGCCAUACUUCUACAUUGUUUACAUGACCAUCCUGCUGGUCCACCGCUGUGUGCGUGACGAGCACCGCUGCAGCAGCAAGUAUGGCAAGGACUGGAAACGCUACACAGACGCUGUGCCUUAUCGGCUGAUCCCUGGGGUGUUUUAAAGAGGAAGAGGAGUGCAAGGAAGGAGAGGGUGGGGCGGGGGUGAGGGAGAAGAAUAAGAUAGAUACAGAAAGUAUGUAGCUGGAAUGGGGCAGCAAGAUAAACAUUAGGGGUGUGUGUGUGUGUAUGGCUGUGUGUGUGUUUUAUACAUACAAACAUACAACAUACAUACAACACUGGCAGGUUGCCUGACCAACUGGUUAACACAGCAUUUCCUUCAUUCUGUAAUUUGUGUGUAUUUCUCAUACAUGUGUAAACUGCUGUACGUGAGUAUAUACAGGUACAGUUUAUUGUUAUAUUCCUCUGCCUUAGUGAAGGCAGUUUGAUUACACCAGGUCUGCUGCUUUCUUUAUGCUGUGACAAUAUAACUCUUACUUUUAAAAACAGUACAAUCUAUAUUUGGAGCUAGUGAGACCACACACAACGUAAACCAGCUCAAGCCAAAAUCAGGACCAGAAACAGAACCAGCCCUCCGGUGGACUGUUCUGCACAAAGCUGUGACAUUCCCAAAAUGUAACUUGGGAUGGUUUAUAUGGUAACUUGAUUAAUUCAUUUGUCAGAUUGAUAGAAAAAAAUCUGACACGUUCGUCAGUUUGAGAUUCAUUUAUCCAGACAAAUACGAAAACAUGGCUGGUUCCAGUUCCUCAAAAAUAGGAAUUUUAUGCUUUUGUGUUUUAUAUCAUUGUAAGUUUAACACUUGUAGGUUUCUUUUGUCAGGUGCUCAAAGAAAUAAGCAAUUUUAUGAUGACACUUAGCUCUCAGGUACCUUAUGAUAGGGGCUAUUCAUUGUUUUGGCUUUUAUAGACUAAAAUGAGUAAUCAUCAAUGAAAGCUGACGUUUGUAUUAAUCAAUAUUAACUAUAUUCUGUCGCUGCUCUACUGGCAUAAUGGACCAAAUGGGAUUCUUGGCUCCACUAAUGAGACCUGCCUCAUAAACAGUUAUGUAAUCUUUGUAUAAAGGUUGUGUGAGUCCUUUGAUUUAUUCACUGUUAUUCGUGUGUCUUGCUGGUGAGAAUUUCCCUCACUCUGGUGGAGAGAACAUGCUCACAUAAUUCAGGUUAGUUAUAGAGGACAGUGAUUUGACAGUAAGGAACAGCAUUUCUGUUCUGUCUGAGUUACUUAGUUCAUUGUAUUUGCUCCGCGUUAAACCAGCAAGUUGUCUUGAUCAAAGUCUAGCCACGUCUUAACUGUGUGUUGAUAACAAAUGUUUUUUGCUAUGUCCAACCAUCACAUUUGUUUUGUGUUUGGUUUUAUUUCCUCACGCCAGCACUGCCUCUCUUUUACAGUGAUAAAGUAACAAAAUAAAGUUGAAUUUUUGUUAUGA